AUGCCGAGUGAUUCCCAAAAGACGAGUAAACACAGAAGUUCGGAUCGUUCAAAGCAUCGAAGUAAAGAUUCAUCUGGCAAGCCUCGUCAUCGAUCAAGCUCCAAAGAUGAGACCCAGAAAAAGGUGAAAGAUACCGCUAAAACUGUGGGAGACGGAGCAGGAAAAGCGUACGAUUCCGUCGCUGAUCUUUUUGGCGGUGAAAAAGAGUUGAAUAGGACAAUCAGAAGAUACAAUCCUACAUUUCACGAUUUUGCUGAGAAGUCCUUUUUGAAAAACUUCACUUUAACCAAUAGACCAAGCAAAUUUCUUUUCUUCUUGAUUGCAUUAGCGUUGAUUCAAUCGUUCAUACCGCUCUUCCAAUGGCCACUGGACUUUGUUGCAAGAUGGUUAGGUUUCAUGUUCUUGUUUAAUAGUGGUUUAGAAGAACUUAAAGAAGGAUUUGAAAGUAGUAGAAAAGCAAAUAAGAUUAAAUCACUUCUAACUGUUUUACUCGUAUCAUCAGCGAUUCAACUGAUACCUAAUUUCCUCUUCGAUACGUAUUAUCAUUUUGGAGCAUUAUGGGCUUUCUUCUUACCUGUUGUCUUGUUCAUAACACCUUGGAAAGAAACUCCUGAUCAGACUUUAGCCAGUAUGAUUUGUGAUACUUUCUUUGGAUCCGCUUCAAUGAUUAUCUCUAGCUUGAUACCUGAUUCUUUCCAAGGCGAGAACGGUCAGAAUAUGGCAAUAAUGGUAGGGGCCGUGAUCGCACUUCUGUUCUGGGUUGGAUAUCUUGGAUCUACAGCAGCCUAUGUUGCUGUAUGGUGCUAUUUGGCAUUAUCGACAAUCGACACUCUAGGUCGAACAUUCAUUAAGAAAGAUGAAAGCUCUUCAGGUUUUUUCAGACAGAUGAAAAUCUGGCAUAACCUAUUAGCUAUCUGGCUUUGGAGAUAUCUGAUCAGUGCUAUUGAAGGGAUCUCGAUACCUGGCUUGAUAUCUGUUAUUGGUCUGAUACAAUACUAUCUUCCGACGUAUUUCUUGUGGAUGACCGGAUUCAUGUUUGCCAUGUUGAUGACCAAGAAGACUGAACACAGACAUCGAAUUGAUACUUGGUAUGCCAAAUGGUUGCUUGGAAUCGGUGGGAAGUCGUCAUCAUCCAUACAGUCUUCAAGCGGCUCAGGUUCCGGUCACAGAACAUCUUCAAGAAGUUCGGAUCCAGCAAAAACCACUUCAGGCUCAGGCAAGCACAGAUCGACGUCUGAUAAACACAAGAAAACAAAAAAGUGA